GGCAUAUUUUCAUAUGAUUGCAAUGAUGGGGAUUAACACACAAUACUUGCAGAGCGGUCUUGAAUUUCAUGCAGAAUUCAGUAGCGAUGUUAAAAUGAAAUUUGAUGCUGGGAUAAAUAUUAAAGAGAAAAAUCUGAAGAUUGAAACCCCUCCCUGCCGUCAGGAGGUUGAGCUCGCAGCUGUGAGGAGCGAAGUUUAUGCUAUUUCAAGGAACAUGGAAGAAGCAGAUUCUGAAAAGAAAUCCCGGCUUCUCCCCAAAGGAGAAGUAUCACGUACCUCUGACCAGCCGCCAGAAAGAUCUUCACGACCUGGCAGCUGGAAGCAAAGCAAUGUUCCUGGUGUGAUAUCCAAAGGAUACCAGCAAGAUUCAGAAGAGGCACAUCACUACAGUGUAGGAGGAAGAUUUUACACACGUGUCUUCUGUAGAAAAUUGGAGAGUUUGGGAUGUUCUGCUUGUCUCAGCCUAAAGUCACAAAAUCCCGCUUUCUUAAGAAAUACCUUUAUGCACAAAUUAGUUGGAAAACUUGAAGGCAAAAUAGUUUUGAAGCCAGUUCAUACAGAUGCUGACAUUGACAAAAUACAGCUGGAGAUCCAGGCAGGAUCCAGAGCAGCUUCCAAAAUAAUUGAUGUAACAAGCUCAGUGUCUGAGGAAGAGGAGGAGACAUCUCUGUACGAGGACAGGCAAGCUAAACUGAAGAAGAUUCUUGGCAUUGAAAAUGUGUUCCAGGUCUCAAAUAAAACACAGCACCGUAGGAGACGGGUUCACAGAACAGAAAAGGAUCCAGCUACAGGCCUCUGGGCGAAGUCCAGUGCAAGCCCCCUCUCUAGUUCCUCCUCUUCUUCCACUGCUUCCUCUGCUGAUGGCAAAGAGCCUGGAAAGGAAGACAAGAGAGAUGAAAGAAGGCGAUCUGGGAAGAAGAGCAGCAGCAAGAGCAGCAGCAGGAUAAGCAGUAGCAGUGGCAGCUCUGCUAGCAGCAGCCUCUGCAGCAGCAGCAGCGAAGACUACUCUGGAGACACACGCUGCAGUGGAGAGAGCGAACAUUCUGGCCAGAAGGCAAAUCUACCUGUUUACCAGUUGCGGUUCAAGCCAGCAGAUGAACAGGACCCAGAAGGGGAAGCCCUGAACAGCAGCAUCAGCUCCUCCUCUUCUUCAGUGAGUGAUGAAGACAUCUCUAGAGCUGUAUCUCAGCCUAAAUUCUUGGGAGACAGCAAGCCACCAGUACUGGCUGCAGUCCUUCGUGCCAUCCACAGAAAUGAGAAGCCAACAGGGUUACAGCUCGUACUGUACGCUGAUACACAGCCCAUGGGAUGGAGGGUACAGACAUUCGUUUCAAGCAUCACAGGAUCCAGUAGAUGGAAACUCUGUGCAGAUACUUCAGUAAUAAAUUCCCAUAAAAUACUGGGUUCUCUUAAUUGGGGUGAAGAUUGCCAGGAGUACCAGAUCGCCACUCAGAUUGCAACAGGGCAAUUUGCUGCUUAUCCAGCUAUGCAGAUGAGGCUGGAGUGGCCAAAAGUACCUUCAACAGUGCGAACAGCUGCAAGAUGGUUCUACUCAUUUCUUCCAGGAGCUGCAUAUGUGCUUGGGUAUUCCCAAAUACAACAGCGUAGUCCCUCCCACCAGGCAACCUUGGUUAUGGCUCUGACAUCUCCAAGAACCUGUGAUGUGGUCCUGAAGUUACCUGAACUCACAAUUUAUGACAGAGCCAUCAGGCUUCCCCUGCCAUUCCCUUCAAGUCCAGGCACACCGAUUUCAGCACUACCAUCCCCUGACCGGAAUGUCUUUUCCCAAGCAACAUUUUCAAUCAUUGAAAACCUUAAAGCUCGUUGUUCAGUUUUCCAAAAUACGAUCACCACCUUCAAUGGAGUUGAAUUUAACUAUUCAAUGCCUGCAAAUUGCUACCACGUGUUAGUGCAGGACUGUAGUCCAGAACUGAAGUUCCUGGUGAUGAUGAAAAGACUUGAAGAGUCUACUGACCUUACAGCAAUAAAUGUCAGACUCGCCAGCCAUGAGGUUGACAUGUAUGUUUCCAACGGAGUCAUCCAGCUGGAGAUUAAUGGUGUCCAAGCCCCAACAAAUGUUCCAUAUACAUCUAAUUCUGAUGCAAGCAUGCUGAUCAGCAGCGAAAAGGAGGGCCUGUCACUAAAAGCCCCGGAUUAUGGCAUAGAUAAACUGUAUUAUGAUGGUCAUAGACUUGAGAUUCAGGUUGCUUUCUGGAUGGCUGGAAAAACAUGUGGUAUUUGUGGAAAAUAUGAUGCUGAGAAGGAAAGGGAAUAUCAAAUGCCCAGUGGAUAUUUAGCUAAAGAUGCAGUGAGUUUUGGUCAGUCCUGGAUCAUCUCAGAAGACCCCUGUGCUGGAGCUUGCAAGCUGCAGCGCAAAUUUGUCCAAAUCGAGAAGCCCGUUGCAUUCGAGAAGGCGGCAGCAAAAUGCUUCUCGGUGGAGCCCGUCCUGCGCUGCGCAGAGG